UGAGAAGCCAGCGUUGAUCAAAUUUGGCGACCUUCUUCGUAAAGCUUACUGCGAAAGUUGGAGAAGAAAAACUAGCAAAGUACUAGUAAAUCGUAAAACUACAACGAGAACAGAGAGUAGCAGGGCAAGCUCUACACCAUCCGCAGCGAAGAUGCCGGAAGACAAUUUUUUUCAACAUGAUGCGGACGAAAUUGCAUUCAGGACUCCUAAUGCUAAGAGGAACAAAAAUUCGAAGGAUGACGAAGAAGAACUGCUGCAAACUCCGGCCUUGAUGGAAUUGGCUAUGAACGCAGGAGUUGGAGAGGUAUUGUGUUUGUUUAUAUUAGAUCAUGGAUGAAAAGUAUUGACUUUUGUUCUGCGUCAAACUUUGGCUGCGGCUACUAUGUCUUUCCUUCUAUUCUGUCUCAUGAGCGCAUGGUUAUCAAUUUCUGAUCUACCUCGCACUAUAUCGCUUACCACAUCACAGCCAGGACUAUAUUGAGCAGCCGCACGUCAUUGCGCGAGUUAAGUUGGAAUACCAAAACGAAAGAAACACUACCAGACUUUGCAAAAAUUUGGCUUCCUGCCAUGAGCUGGAGGCUACCUACACGGACAAGAGUCGUACUAUCUUCUAUAUUUUGUAACUCUUCACGCAGCUACUUGCUUUGCAGUUCUUUUUUGAUCUUCGGAAGAUCCUCAACAGCUGCGAGGCGGAGCAGCACCCGCCUGCAGCGUUUGACGAUUACCGGUCGGCGCAGCGCUAGCACUUUGCGUAGGUGCCAGGGGUGGGCGGGGCUUGUUUGCGUAUUUUCCUUGUUCUUCAUCAUCUUGAAGAGGGGGCGCUCCGCUCUCGCGGGCAGCUGCAACCACGGGAGGAGCCUAGCGCGAGUUCGUUGCACGCUCCGAAGAUCGUCAUGGCUGCAGCGCCGGCGACGCCGAAGGCUAGCACCCGGGCCACCUGUGCAGUAUCUUCAGAGCGGCGGCAGCGGAUGGGCUCGCGCCUGUUGCAUGCUGCGGCUCGGUGACUUCUUGGCCUCGUUCAUCUACUUGGGCGCGCAGCUUUGCGCCAACAUCUUCGAAGAUGGCGCCGCCACGUGCUGGUGGCUACUGGGGCUGCCCCCGUCUGCUUACAACUGUGGGCCUCGGCUUGUUUGUGGGUCUCUCCCUCCUGGGCAGCAUGAUGACGGAAGUAGACAAGUAGCACCAGGGGCCAGGUGUCUCCGCAACUACAAGGAGGAGCACGCGGCAAGGAGUGGACACAUCAGGACGAGCCAGCCCGGCGCGGAGCGUGGCGGAGAUCAAAGAAGUGGGCGCCGCUUGUCGUGUCUUGUUGGCGGUGUGGGUCUUCGAGCAGAGGGCGGCGGUUGUGGUCCAACGGGAGAGCAGCGACUGCAGGCCACUGCUGCGAACAACUGAAGCCCAAGAAGAUCCACUGGCUGGAGCCGCCCUUAGCUGUGGUCGGCGCAGUCUCUUCCUGACCGCUUCCGCCUAGUUCUUAAUAAGCAAGAAGACAGCGACCGGCCAAGAAGAAGUUGCAGAAGUGGAAGCCGAAGCGGGGCACGCCGUCGACCUGUCCAAGCAGUUUCCUCGAAGCAGGCCAGAAGCUUCUGAGACGCCAGGAGAAGCCGCAGCGAGUGGCGCGGUGGCAGCUGUGGGCAUCAACGAGGCGCCGCGCGGCUACUCCUUUUUAACUUGUUGUCGCGUGUGGAUCUAGGUGAUUAGCAGGGCUGAGGCUGCGGAAUCUGUUCCAAAACCGGCCUGGGAUGCAUUGAUGUAGUAAGCGCCUGGCCGCGGCUGCGGAGGCCACGAGGACGAGGUGGCGGCUGUGUGCAGCUUCUUGCGCGCGUGGUUGUAAGAGUAACUGACAAGAUCGCCAAAAAAUAAGAACUGAAGAACUCGAGCGAGGAGCAGCGCGGGGGGGCAUUUUUCGUGACGGCGGGGGGGGGCAUCGUCCUCAGCUGCGGCGCCGUCUGUCAGGUCGUGGCCGCCGCGGCGGCUGUAGUUAUUUAUAUGCUGAGCCACUUCCGGAGGAUGAGACGGCUGAGGGACGAGGAGCAGGGCCAGAGGUGGAGCGGGAGGCGGACGAGGAGGGGGGUGCGCCUCGUCUUUCCGCGCUUGUUCGCGUUUUUUCGUCCAGGAGGUGGUCGACGACCGUAGCACCACCACCAGCAUGAAUCAUGGAGCAGGUGGAGGAGGCGGAAGAUGAGCAGCAGCUGCGCUGCACGGCGGCGGGGCGGGUGGUGGAGCCGCAGGGGGCUGGCUUCGUCUUCUUGUUGUUCUUCUUGCGCCAGGAGCAGCUGCUCUCUGAUGCAUUAGCACACAGCCCAGAGGGGAACUAGCCUAUUAUGUACCACUAAGGGGGUUGCGCCGCUGCGGCCCGCGCCGCCCGCAUCAGCUACAAUUUUGGUCGUCGUGAUGCUUUGCAAGUAGUACUAGAAAAAGAAGGAGAAGAAGAGCGCGCUAAUAUCAUUUAGAAUUUGACUGCUGUGGUCGUCUACUUCUUGUUUAGCAGGAGCUAGAAGACGCGGGGCGUGGCUUCUUGUGCCAGUCUGUCAGCGCGUGGCGUCGUCGUUUGUUCAUGUUCUUCCUCUAGUAUGUGCGGGGGCUUGGCGUUGUGGCCAGUUCGUGCUGUUGUAGAAGCAGGAGGAGGACGAGGCGGAGCCCCGCGAUCGUCUUGCUCUGCUUCUCCGUGUGUUGAUGAUGUUGUAGAAGUAGUUGGGAAAGGUGGGCGAGGACAGCUAUCUCGACGAGAUCAUGAUGGCGCCAGCUCUUACGAGCUUGCUUUGGCAAUUAUUUUAUUUUUAAUUAGUAAUAUCAUGAUCCCAGUCGUGCCUGUGCUCCACCCUCUUCUUGUGUAGUAGUUAGUCCAUGGUCUUCUAGCUCGUGUCCAUCUACUUCUUCUCUUUCUUGAUGUACUACAAGUAGUUGUUCCUCGUCGUAAUCUACUUCCUGAAGAACUUUAUGGACAUGGUGACUCCUAUUAUAAUUCCUAUUGCAGUUGCGUUUUCACUGGUGUGGCAUUAUUUUACUCACCUCCACUACCUACAGCUGAUACCCGCGCGUGCAAUGUCUAUCAACGCGUUCACACUUGGAUUCUGCAGCUGCUCAUAUGGAUGACGGGGAAUGUGGGCAAAGUGCUCAACUGGGG